AUGCCGAAUCGACCGAGUAUACCCGUUUCAGAGGAAUGCAUAUCUGCAUUCAACGAGCUCCGAUCAGGACCAGAAGCUACCAGACCGAAGUUCAUCAUCUGCAAGAUCUCCGACGACAACAAGAGCAUUGUACUCGAGGAAACAUCCACAGAGAAAGAUUGGCAUUUCUUUCGCAUGAAGCUAUGUGCUGCAGUCGACAAAGAUGGGGGUCUGGCUCCUCGGUAUGCCAUCUACGACAUGGAUUAUGGUUUUGGGAGCAAGGGAAAGCAAACCAUGACGGUUUUCAUCGAAUGGAGUCCCUCCUGCGUGCCUCUCAAGAAGAUCUUGCUCUAUCUUAACAAUAGGCAGCAAUUGACUAGUCCUUUCGAUCUCAAAGUAUCAAUUGAGGCAGACUGCAUCAUGGACCUCGAAUGGGCGGCUGUCAUGGAGCAGGUCCGUGAGGAUGUCAGCGAGCUGAGUAUGGGGAAAUGA